UUCCACAUCCGCAUGUUCGUAGGGAACUUGUUCUUUUGCCCCAAGUUUCUUGGGGUAUAAAUACUUGGCUUUGGCUGGGGAAUAGCAUCAGUCAACGCACUCCAAGUCUUUGAGAACGUUCGUCGUACACAAACCCCAAAAAAACAAUCAACAUGAAGUUUCUCAUCUGCUUGGCUCUCUUCAUCGCCGCUGCCCAGGCUCAUGUUGUGGCCCCUGCUGUCGCCACCUAUGCCGCUGCUCCGGCCCUGACUUACGCCGCCCCUGUGUCCACCUACUCGGCCGCCAUUCCCCGCGCCUACUCCGCCUACGCCGCUCCCUCCGUUUAUGCCGCCCCCUCGGUCUACUCCGCCCCCUCCGUCUACUCGGCCCCCUCUGUCUACUCGGCCUCCGCCUAUGUGGCCUCGCCCUCCGUGUACUCCGCCUACGCCGCCCCUGCCGUCGUCUCCACUCUGCUCAAGAAGUAAAGUGUUUUGAUCGAUCAAAGUAUAUGUACCCAAUUUUGUCAACGAUUUUCCAUGAAAUAAAGCUGUGAAUUUAUGAAAGCAAUGAAAA